UCGUCAACUUUGUGUCACAUCUCACAAUAACAGUUAACUCAACAGAAGGAGGAAGGAGCUUAUGAGUAAACAACCACAACACACAAACAAAAAUGACACAAAGGACUCCUUUUGUGAAUAACGCAGUGUCAUGUACGUAACCACUUUGUUGUCAUGGUUACACUUUUCCUCAUGGAAAAGGUACAACAAAUUCCGAGGGAGCAACAGGUCGGAACAUGUCAGAACAUAUCGGAACAUGUCGGAAUUCAUUAUUGUCAUGGAGAACCCGUCACGGCGCCUCACCAGGGCAACAACAGUACAAAAAUCUUUUUCCCAUUUGUUUUUCCCUCUUUUCUUUUCAUUUCCUUUGUUUACUUUUUGUCUCGAAGCAUAAACAGGUUUCCACCUUUGAUCUCCAUUUGGUUGCAAGUCCGUGUAAGUCUGUGGAGACUCUGAGCGAGGUUGCUUGUAACUGUUAUCGUAUACUGUUC